AUAUGCUCCGGUGUGUUGCCAGGACUAACGAACUGUGUAAGUGCAGUGUAGAGACUUGCAAUGUAGACAAACUGCCAGAAAAGCUUGUUUCUCCAAUGGGUUUAGUGAAAUGUUCACGUCGAACAUAGUGAGGCUUGAGUUUCACUACCAAUAACUUGCAAAAGGUCUUGAAACGAUGUGAAACAUGGGAUUGACGGAGCACGUGCUGUACUUGUUGGUCACGUGUUUGUGCCUGUCAACAAUCAAUGGACAACUGUCUCGUUUGUCUUUGGUCUUCCAGCACGUGAAGGAUCCCAAUGCGAGGUCCUUGUCAGAGAUGUGGCUGGAUGACGUUAAUAUAAACCUAAUACAGAACAAGAUCUGCUUCGGAGGCAGUGAUGCCACGUUUGUUUUGAGAGCGAAUCCCGCAUCAGGAACCAUGGAAGUGGUGGCCAAGUCUCUAGCCCUGGAUGUGGCGGAACCGGACGUCAAAUCCUGUAGGCCAAGCUCCUCUGCAGUGGUCUGCGAUGCAGACAUGUGCCAGGAGGACGCAUCCUGCAGCGUCAGGGCGCUGGUGAGGUGUGAGCUGGACAACGACGUCUCGGACUGGGAAACCACCCAGUUCAUCGACUUUGUUCUGUAUCAGAGGAGCGGGCGCCUGGCCAUGCUGGACUGCAUGGAGGAAUGCACCUACGCAGACAGCGAGGAGAUAGCAGCGACGGGCGAGGGUCAUGGAUUGCCAACCUGGGCGCUCGGUUUGAUUAUUGCAGGUGCCGUAGUACUUGGCGCCCUUUGCGUGGCGGCUUUUGUUGUGUGGAAAAUCAGAAGCUCUGCGCCAACGUCAAAAAAGUUUUGUGGUAAAAUAACUUGCGCCAAAUAAAACAUUUUCUUGUA